ACACCCGGAACCGCGAAAAUAUUCUAUCAAGGAUCAAGCCUUCUUUCAGAGCUAGUUCACCGAUUAAAAAUUGUUCUUCGGUUUCAUCUGAUAUUAGCCUGACUGAAACAUCCUGUACAUCUACUUGUGGUAGGUGACAAGCUUUAUUUGUGUGCAGCAAUUGCUUUUAAUUCGGAGCCUGAAGCGUGCCGACUCCGUGUGUUGAGACGUAUCCCGAAGUGAAAAUGAAGUGGAUCUCAGAACUUUAGCAUCGUGUUGGAGAAGUCGCAGUAUCAAUUUAGAGUCGACUAUCGGUGUUUCUCGUGCUGGUUGCCGAUUUCAUCAUGGGGAAAGAAUCUGUCUAUGGAGCCCAAGAGCAGAUUUUCAUCGAGAGAUUGCCGUUUUUCCUUCCUCAAAUACACACCGGGGGAGGAACGCAGAAUAGUUUCCACUCGAUGGCGAGAAUGAUGGACUCGCUGAUCAUAGAUUCGUUUUCUCCGUUCGGGUUUACAAAAAUCACAACCACGCACCGACCCAUGCACGCUUCGCGCAGGUCAACGCAGCAAACACGUCAAAAUCCCGUCAAACCGCAACAUACCUACACUCAGACUCAAGAUUACGGUGCUCAGCCAAACAACGCAAAAGAGGACUUGAAAAAACCAACACAUUCGCCAGAUGCUACCAAUGAUCGGUGGGUUGCUUCUUUGCGGAGACGAGAUCCUGAAAUUCAACCAGUCUUGCCCGCUAUUGGCAGUAGAAACAGAUCUCGAUCCCACCCGAACGUCUCGAAGCGGCCGCGAAUCAACAGCUCCCUGGACGGGCUGGCGGUGAGCGGGCGGAAGGAGCGAGAGAGGCGGGUCGUGAACAUCCGGCCGAUCGUGAAGAAGCUCCUGGCCGGCGCCGACGGGGAGAAUCGGGACAAGGAGGCCGACGGCAGCGCCUCCCCCAAGGACUCCAUCGCCGGAUCGGCCGAGAAGGAGGACCAAAGGGUGUUCAACCCCUCCGGCUACGAGCUCCACCUCGUCGAGACACUCGAGAAGGACAUCCUCCAGCGGCACCCCAACGUCCAGUGGAACAAGGUGGCCGGCCUCAACGAAGCCAAGGCCAUCCUCCAGGAGGCCGUCGUUCUCCCCAUGAUCAUGCCUGAUUUCUUUAAGGGAAUAAGGAGACCAUGGAAAGGCGUAUUGAUGGUUGGCCCUCCGGGGACCGGGAAAACAAUGCUCGCCAAAGCUGUCGCCACAGAGUGCGGCACCACCUUCUUCAACGUGUCCUCCUCCACACUAACCUCCAAGUACCGAGGUGAAUCGGAAAAAUUGGUGCGCCUUCUAUUUGAAAUGGCCCGUUUUUACGCUCCUAGCACAAUUUUCAUCGACGAAGUGGACUCGUUGUGUUCUCAAAGAGGAACGGAUUCGGAGCAUGAGGCCUCGAGACGAUUCAAGGCGGAACUUCUUAUUCACAUGGAUGGCCUCAACUCAGCAGGGGAUGAUAAUAAAAUAAUAAUGGUGCUAGCGGCAACAAAUCACCCAUGGGACAUAGAUGAGGCUUUCAGAAGACGAUUUGAGAAGCGUGUUUAUAUUCCUUUACCUGACAAUCAAACAAGACUGGCCUUGUUAAAUCUUUGCAUGGAAACUGUGACACUGGACCCGAACUUGGACUGCACGAAAGUUGCUGCCCAGCUUGAUGGAUACACCGGAUCGGACAUUGCCAACGUUUGUCGGGACGCAGCCAUGAUGUGUAUGAGACGGAAGAUCAGCGGUCAGUCGCCAGAGAAGAUCAAGCAGAUUAAGAAGUCGGACGUGGAUCUACCAGUGACGGAGCAGGACUUCGAGGAGGCCAUCGCGCGAUGCAAGAAGAGCGUCAGCACCGCCGACGUCGCCAACUACGAGGCGUGGAGCAAAGAGUUCGGAUCCUUCUAACAUUCCAUCAACCACCCUCAAUCAUCAUCAGCUCCCCCGAUUUUGAACUGAUGCCGUGCGAAACGUAACCUCGUCAGGAAAUGCCUCGUUGCUAGAAGAGCACCGGACUUCUGUGUCCUGACAUGCUCGAACUGGUGUGCGAUAUAUCGUAUUGGUUCUGUUGAAAAUCUGGGCAGAUUUUGAAUUUUUAGUCAGCAAAGAGACAAAAUCCCUGCGUAUGAGCUUAAAGAAUCAUUCUCGACGAAAAUAAAUGCAAAAUUCUAAAAGAUGAAGGGAGAAUUCCUUUUGGAAAAUAGCCUAGCUUUCGAUACGGAGCCAGAUUUCUGUAACUGUCGCAGGCAAAAUUACCAAUCGCCGGUAGUCUGCAAGCCACGAGUGAGUAAAUAAAAAAUCAUGAAGUUCAGAAAUAAGGGAACAAUAAUUAGGUAAGGAGUACUGCGAUUAUUUUGCAGUUAUUGUGAAUACACAUUUCUUCUCCGUAUAACAUGGUCGUAACAACAGGCACACUAGGAGGAUGUAAUGAAAUUCGAGACCUUGGUUGGGUUUGGACCGGAUAGGCAACUAAAGUAACUCAGUAACAAUGCGUAGAGUAUCAUAUAAAAUGAAGGCGCUUAAACCCGUGUUCGUGCCCCACCAAGCCCUCAAUAUGCCGAUGCGCAUUGUUGUGAUUUCUCGGGACAACAUGUAAGCCGCUUGCAAAUUGCUGAUUGUCUGCGUUUUAUCGAACGCAAGGUUUUUCCUAAAAAAUAAUCCUGCUUUCGUUUUUUAAUUAUUCGUUGAGAAUGACUCCUUGGGCUCAUAGGCAGGGAAUAUCGGCCUUUUUUGGCCGAGAUCAAAAUCUGCCGAGCGAUUUUUAACUUAAUCGAAGCGAUAUAUCGCACGCCAGUUCGACCAUGCCAGAAUCCGAGACUAAUCACCCUACAUCAUUGAUUGCGUCUGGAUUUAACCCACAGUUGCUGUACGUGUGCUAGCUGCUCUAAAAAAGCUUGAAGAAGACAGCAGGUUGCCACACAUUGCGAUCACUCGGUAAAAUUACUACAGCCAUGAGUGUUGUGUAGGUUGCGUAUCCACUAAUUGAAGGGGUCUUUCAAAAGAUCAGAUAUCCAUUGCAGUAAAAUCAAAGUAGGUUGCAAUUUUUCUCUGCAUUAGGAGUUGCUUACUUUUCUGACACGUAUCCCCUCUUCACAGCCCACUUCCCGCCCACAACACAGUUGGUUCAAUCACUGCCAGGAGGGACGAAAUUGAUUACGGCGUAAUUGAAACUCGGUCAAUCGGCCAUGCCUUCUUGUUAAGUGUCUUUUUAUGUAUUGAGCAGUGCCUAGGGAUGAAUGGUGUACAUUUUUAUUUAGAGUCUUAUGAAAUAAUUAUUUGUUCCAAAAUUUUUAAACUUUAUAUUCAAGUUGACUGAUUUAUUUUAAUGUUCGCACUAUGUACCAAACCCUUCAAAAGUCUGACAUUCCAAAUAUGCACUGGGAACGGUGAAGAAAAUACCAAAACUGCCGACAAUGAAAGCAAUUCUAAGCUGUAAGUUGCUUUUAAAAACAGGAACACUUACUUAGUCUCAAAAACUACGGGCUUGCAGCGGUUGCCUAUACUUAAAAUCAGGUAUUCGGAGUGUAUUGUCUUCAUAAUUUCGUAAAAAAAUAUACUACGGCUUGUAAGGAUCUAUUUUUAUUUUUAGUAGUCACUUUGUUUAAAAGAAUCAGCUCUGACGGCAGGACUGAACGGAUACGGUUGUAUGAAUUUUGUAAAAAGUCAGUGAAUGCAUGUUAUCAAUUGAAGCAAUUAUUUUAUAACCUUUGUACUUUAAAUCAUAAAAAAAAUAAACUAUCUUCCACGUGAGGAACUAUGCAGAGUA